UAGUUACAUGGUUACAUUCAUUUAUUUAUUAUAAUAUAUAUUUGUUUACGUGUGGGAUUAUCAAAUGAGUAUUAAAAUUCAUUACUCACUUUCUAAAAGGCCUUAAAAGUAAGUUUAAAAUAGUGCUGAGCGUUGGUGGCCCUCUGGCAGAUAAUAGCGUAACUUUUUUUUUACGUCUGUGACAGCGGAAGUUGUAAGUCGUAAUCUAUUAAUUUUGAAUCUUUCCUUUAAUAUACAUUUAGUUAUAGAUUUAAGUAUGUCCAGCGUAAUGCCCACCAUGAAUCCCGCGUACUUUGCAGUAGAACAAAUUGGAGCAAUACAAAGAACGUUUAUGAAAAGCAAUGGCAUUUCAAAAGAGAGCGUGGACAACCGGGUGUUGGUACUUAAAAAGGAACACUACCAGGACCCAGACUCCUACAACAUGCCCUCACUUUCCCAUUUGAAGUACUUGUUGCGAGCAAUUUGCAGACUGGCCGCCAACCAAGACAAGGACGAUUACGUUGAAUGCGCCCAGGAGACCAGACGACCUAAAGUACAUUUUGACGAAAAGACCAAAAAUAUAUUUUUAACCAUGAGGACUUGCCGAAAGAUCAUGUGCGACUUGAUGGAAUGCAGCCACAAUCAGGCAAACGAACACUUUCUUUUCUCCAUUCAGAUGAUUUUCCUGGCGUGGGAAUCCUCUUUCUACUAUAACGUCGUUCGUUACACCAUGAUGCUGCAGGUCGAAAAUUGGGCCAUGAAAGGAGGAUACAGAUAUUCAGAAAUUAUUUCCACAUGUCUUGAAUACGACGAGAUCUUGAAAGUAAUCGAGGUGUACGGCAUAAAUUUCAUCGGACUGGACAGCCAACUGGAUUUAUACCUGAAGAAUUUUAUAUGCAAAUACUUUGGCAUAUCCCAUGUGGAACUGAAGGCUCACUACGCCAAGGUGGUCGAUUACAUCGCCACCUCGCAUCAUUUCACUCCGGUGCUGAACAACACCACGUCGAACAAAAGGAUGCCCUACGCCAUAAAGCUGACGUCCGCGGGCAGCUCAAUGCCGGACCUGGUCAGCGACGUCGUAAGACCGCCCCACAAUCAGCACGUACCAAGGGCUCAGCAGAUUCCCAUGGGCUGGAGUCCCCUACCAACGAGGCUGAAUGUGAGCCCUCAUAUAAUGCAUCGGCCUCCAUUUUUCAGCGGGACUCCCCAACGAUUCACUCAGAUGCCACCCUUUCCAAUCAAUUUGCCGCUGAGGGUGGCCACGACAAUUUGCGAACAGCCCACGAUGCCUUCUGCGAUUCCUACGCCGUACCUUCCGAGGAAUCGAGAAGAAGAACCACAAGAGCAAGUGCAACAAGUUCGUCCGCCUAAAGCUUUAGUUCCAAAAAGUUGUUUACAAAUUUUGCAGUUAUACCAAAAUCUUUGUCCCAUGUACUGUCCUUGGAAAUUUUAGAAUAGUUACUGCACUACUGAAGAUGAUGCGGAUUCUAUCCAGUAAGACUGGUUUAAUCUUUUAUGCUUUAUGUAUGUGUUGUAGUAGUAGUUUCACAUUGUUAAUGUACAUGUUUUGUUGCACUGAGUUUAAUUGAAUUGUUUGUUAAUGUUAUGAUCUCUUUGUAGUUAGUAGUGUAAAUUUCUUUAGCUUGGUAGUAAUAGUUAUAAAAUUUGAUCAUAAAGAAGUUGUGAUUUAGGAAAUUGAUCAGUCAGUUAAAUGAUGUGAUUUAUGUCUUGUUUUGUUGAAGCUGUGAUAUAAACAAUUUGGGUUGGUUACUUAGAACCUAAACACAAUUUUCUUUAUAAUUCACUUAAUUUCUCUUACUUGAUUCUUCAACACAAAUUGGUCAAAUUAUUAACAAGUUCUGUGAUUUUAUAAUUUAUUUUCACUUUUUUCUCACUUCACCAUUGUUAGCAAAGAAUCUGUGAUAUAAAUAAACUAUUUGGUCAGUUA